UUGCUCACUGGUGACUGGGAUGCAAUUGGAGAGAAGAGUUGGGGAUCGGCCGUGCUAGCGGGCGUAUACCGGGAGCUGUGUACUUGCUCGAAGGUUGGGGCAAAGCAAGCUGGUGCUGCGAUGUUCAUCCUGCAACUGUGGGUAUGGGAGCAUCUCCCGAUGUUCGCACCUCCCGACCCACGUCCAUACCGGAGAAACGAUGAUGAACUCAACUUUCUGCAAAAUCUCCCCUACGGUGUCAAGUGGAUAGGAGCAAAUACGAAUGACCAUCAACCUGAGCAUUCGUUAUUGUUUUAUCGUUCUGAGUUAGAUAAACCAUGGUGGAAUCAGGUUAUAUGGGAUCCAUAUCCACGUGAAGUGGGUGAGCUGCAUCAUCUUAGGCACCCUCUGGAUCACGAGACGUGGUUGUGCAAAGUGCCAUUG